CCGGGGCGCCCGGGCGGACGCGGCGCGAGGCCGCGGGGUGGCCGCGGGCCGAGGCAGGCGUCCGGCGCGUCCCGCGGGCCCAGCAUGAUGGCAGAAUCGACUUCUCCCCUGAAGCACUUUGUGCUGGCCAAGAAGGCGAUUACUUCUAUCUUUGACCAGUUACUGGAGUUUGUUACUGAAGGAUCACAAUUUGUUGAAGGAACCUACAAGAAUUCACAGCUUGAUCGAAUAGCUACUGAAGAUGAUCUUUUUGAAAUUCAGGGGUAUAAAAACAAGCUUUCCAUCAUUGGUGAGGUGCUGUCUCGGAGACAUAUGAAAGUGGCAUUUUUUGGCAGGACUAGCAGCGGGAAGAGCUCUGUUAUCAAUGCAAUGUUAUGGGAUAGAGUCCUCCCGAGUGGGAUUGGCCACACAACAAAUUGUUUCCUGAGUGUUGAAGGAACUGAUGGAGAUAAAGCCUACCUUAUGACUGAAGGAUCAGAUGAAAAGAAGAGUGUGAAGACAGUUAAUCAGUUGGCCCAUGCCCUUCAUAUGGACAAAGACUUGAAAGCUGGCUGUCUUGUACAUGUGUUUUGGCCAAAGGCAAAAUGUGCCCUCUUGAGAGAUGACCUGGUUUUAGUAGACAGUCCAGGAACAGAUGUCACUACAGAACUGGAUAGCUGGAUUGACAAGUUUUGCUUAGAUGCUGAUGUCUUUGUUUUGGUUGCAAACUCAGAAUCCACAUUAAUGAACACGGAGAAACAGUUUUUUCAUAAGGUAAAUGAGCGACUUUCCAAACCUAAUAUUUUUAUUCUGAAUAAUCGUUGGGAUGCCUCUGCAUCGGAGCCAGAGUAUAUGGAAGACGUACGUAGACAGCACAUGGAAAGAUGUCUGCAUUUCUUGGUAGAGGAGCUCAAAGUUGUGGACCCUUCAGAAGCUCGAAAUCGGAUCUUCUUUGUUUCGGCAAAGGAAGUUCUCAGUGCUAGGAAGCACAAAGCACAGGGCAUGCCAGAAGGUGGUGGGGCGCUUGCUGAAGGAUUUCAGGCACGAUUACAGGAGUUUCAGAAUUUUGAACAAAUCUUUGAGGAGUGUAUCUCGCAGUCAGCAGUGAAAACAAAGUUUGAACAGCACACUAUCAGAGCUAAACAGAUACUAGAUACUGUGAAAAACAUAAUGGAUUCAAUAAACGUGACAGCAGCAGAGAAAAGGGUUUAUUCAAUAGAAGAGAGAGAAGAUCAGAUUGAUAGACUGGACUUUAUCCAAAACCAGAUGAAUAUUUUAACACUAGAAGUGAAGAAGAAGAUCAAGGAGGUUACGGAGGAAGUGGCCAACAAGGUUUCAUGUGCAAUGACAGAUGAAAUUUGUCGACUCUCCGUUUUGGUUGAUGAAUUUUGUUCUGAGUUUCAUCCUACUCCAGGUGUAUUGAAAGUAUAUAAAAGUGAAUUAAAUAAGCACAUAGAAGAUGGUAUGGGAAGAAACCUGGCCGAUCGGUGUACCAGUGAAGUCAAUGCCUCAAUGCUUCAGUCCCAGCAAGAAAUUAUUGAAAAUUUGAAACCAUUGCUUCCAGCUAAUAUACAGAAUAAACUUCAUACAUUGGUUCCUUGCAAGAAAUUCGAUCUCAGCUAUGAUCUAAAUUGCCACAUGUUGUGUUCAGAUUUUCAAGAGGAUAUUGUAUUUCGUUUUUCCUUGGGCUGGUCUUCCCUUGUUUAUCGUUUCUUGGGCCCAACCAAUGCUCAGCGGGUGCUUCUAGGAUUAUCAGAGCCUAUCUUUCAGCUCCCUAGAUCGCUAGCCUCCACCCCGACUGCUCCCGCCAACCCAGCGACACCAGACAGUACAUCACAGGAAGACCUCAUGGUCACCCUAAUAACAGGACUGGCUUCUCUCACAUCUAGAACUUCUAUGGGCAUCAUCGUGGUCGGCGGAGUGAUUUGGAAAACUGUAGGCUGGAAACUCAUCUCUCUUUCAUUAAGUAUGUAUGGAGCUUUGUAUCUUUAUGAAAGGCUGACUUGGACCACCCGAGCCAAAGAGAGAGCCUUUAAGCAACAAUUCGUCAACUAUGCAACUGAGAAACUGCAGAUGAUUGUCAGCUUCACAAGUGCAAACUGCAGCCAUCAAGUACAACAGGAAAUGGCAACUACUUUUGCUCGCCUGUGCCAACAAGUUGAUAUUACGCAAAGACAUUUGGAAGAAGAAAUUGCUAGAUUAUCCAAAGAAAUUGAUCAGUUGGAGAAAAUACAGAACAAUUCAAAGCUCUUAAGGAAUAAAGCUGUUCAACUUGAAAAUCAGUUGGAGAAUUUUACUAAGCAGUUUCUCCGUUCAGGCAGAGAAGGAGAAUCUUAACAAGAGAUUGCUUUUGGUGAUCCUCGUAGGAGGAAACAGAAGUUGGAAGAUUGGAUUAGUUGUUAUUUUUAUGAAAUGACUUUAAAUAUGAAUUACACUAUACUUACGUAGCAAGUCCUUGUGUAGAUUCUGGUAAUGAUCUCAGGGUGUUUGGCUUUCCGAAGAGUGUUAAGGUGUCUCUUUUGUUUUAAUUUGGGGUAAAGGCUAGUUGUUUGCUGGUUUAUUAAAAUGAAUUGGUUAAAAGCAACAGAACCAACUGCGUGACCCCUGAGGGGUGGGGCCUUGCUCUUAAAUAGGGCUCUCUUUAAUUUUUGACUCUGAAAAACUCUGCUUCCUGGCAUCCAGGAGUUAGAGAAUGUUCCGUUCAUCUUUCUCAGAACUAAUUUUUGAUGCCUACUUUAGUGGGAAUAGUCACUUUCUUGUUUUUAUAAGCUGCAUUGAUCUAACCACGGAGGAUUAGGGAAUGUUCUUUGAGUGUAUUAUUUAUGCAAGUUACAAUCACUUUUGCCAGUCUGGCAGGUAUGUCAACCACUAAUAAAUAUGCUGUUGUUAUGUUCAUUAAAAUUGAUGUACAACAGUGGAAAGUAGAAAGGUUCAUUAUUACAGUUGGAGAGUAUGUGGUUCUGGUUUCCUGGUCUGGUUCUAAAGACAUUUUUCACUUUGAUAGGAUUCCAGUGAGGAAAAGCAUUCUCAGUUUUACGAGUAAGGUCUGAAGUGGUUUUCAAAAAAAAGGCCCAAGAGAAAGAGAGGCCUGAAUUUGGGUGCUUGCAGUCAUGCACGGAAUGCAGGUUUUCCAAAAGUAUUUUCUAAGGACACUGCUGGAUUAUCUGCCAGGAUGGUUUUUACUUUAUUGUAUGAAUUUGCCAGAGCAUGGUUGAAAAUAAUUACUGUUUUUUACCUUAAUAGGGUAUUUGUGUGGGUUCAAGUAUUGUAUCUGCUUCUGUGUAUGGUACUAAUCAAAAUUUCUAUGGAAACUUACAAAAAAGACAUUCUUGGGCCUUACUGUGCAAUCUAUAGUUUUGAGGAUGCCGUAUUAAGAUCACCAAGGUACUUUUAGAAAUCUACAGUUCUAGGUGACACAGGAUUUUGACUAAAUGUAGUUUGCGCAUCUUCUCUAUGGGAGAGAUAAAAUUAAGGCUCAUUUCUUCUUUUAAUACUCAGUAAUUUUUCUGUGCCUUUAAGGCUCCUAGAGGCUAUUUAGACUUCACAAACCAGGUGCAACACUAUUUUUUAAGAUACUUUAAGGAAAAAUUAACAGGCUGUUGAAGCCUUUCAUUAAUAUUUUUUUGCAAAUAAGAUACAAAACCUUAUUCGAAUCAGGUGAAUGUGGGUUGAUAGCUUUCAUUGGUGAGGUAUGACAACAAGAAGAAAGGCACGAGGCAGAAAGUACAAUUAGGUAACAGCUGAAAAACUGAUAAUACUGAUUCAGCUUGUUUGAUUACUAAACCUAGACCUUAAAGCUUUUGAACUUUUGAAACAGCGUAGUAAUUUUUGUAUUUCCUCAUUCCUCGUAAAGAGCAUAGUAGUGGUUCUCAAAAGAUUUGUUCCUAGAUUAACAGUAUCAGUUGUGAGCCAACUAGAAAUGCCAUUUCUUGGGUAUUGCCCCAGCCCUACUGUGGGGCGUGAAAGUCUCCAGCAGCCCCCCGGGGUGAUCAGGAGGCGUGCUCAAAUUUGGGAACAACUGGAGUAGUGUUUCCGGUAGAGUUUUCCAUCACUAGUGUAUGUGAUGAAAGUAGUUCUACCAGGCCAGGUUUAAAAAUGUGUGACUGCUGGAAAUGGAACCCUGAAAUAGGCAGCCUUGAUGCCAGAAGACAUGUGCACCAAGCCCAUCAAACCUGGUUUAUAAUUGUGACUUACAGCUUAUACACUUAAAGGUUACAGCACAGGUCCUCAGUUGUUUACUAUAAUGUUUGCAGGAUUAUUUAUAAACUUUGUAUAAUUUUUAACUUUUUACAAGAGUACAGUUUUUAUAAGUACACAAGCUUGCAAGGUGCAAAUAAAACUCAUUUGCCUGAUAGUUGAUAAAUGUAGCAUUUAUACUGGCAUUUGGUAAAUUUGAAUCUUUUAUUUUCAACUUUUUAUCGUUGAUAUUAUAGUACCUUGGAUAGA